CCUUCGCAGCUUAAUUUUUCCAAGUUCUUGUCCCUCGCAGAGCUACCCCUGCCGUCUCAUCAUACUUAAACUCGUCACCUAACCCCGCAGAAGUUCAAAUUGAAGCUCAAAUAGGGCCUCGUAGUUCCACCAGGUUCAUAGUCAAGUGCAGCUCGCCACCAGCUCACCACCAAUCGUCGGCUUCGAAGCCCCUUGACGAUUCUGGAUUUAGUAAGUUGAGAAGCCAGAAGGCGUACAGGUGCAGAUUGAGAAUGGGUUGGGAAGACAGGUUGGUGGUAUGGGGGCUGGCGAUUCAGUUGGUGAUAUGGGGGUGGGGUGGAGCGCCGGUUGUGGAAGCGCAAGGCUAUUGGGAGACGGUGGUGAACAACGCUGGGAUCUCGACAAUGCAUUCGGCGGUGGCACACGACGGCAACGUUGUGUUGUUGGACCGAACCAACGUUGGGCCGUCUCAAUUGAAAUUGGCUCCAGACAAUUGCCGCGACAAUUUAGCAGAUCGGUCAUUGAAGCAUGACUGUACUGCACACUCUGCUCUCUUCUCUCCCAACUCCAACAAGGUUAGGCCCCUGAAGGUUAUCACGGAUACCUGGUGCUCAUCAGGUCAAUUUGAUGGGAGUGGGAAGCUGGUACAAACCGGCGGAGAUGCUGACGGCGUGAAGAAGAUACGGCAUUUCACUCCCUGCGGAAAAGGUGCAUGCGACUGGGUUGAACUCAACGGCGGAUUGCAAGAAGGGCGCUGGUACGCUUCGAACCAAAUUUUACCAGACGGAACUCAAAUCGUUGUGGGCGGUCGUGGCGUAGCCACUUUGGAGUACGUCCCCGCUAAUGGCCGGGGAACCUACUAUCUUCCCCUCCUCUCCAAAAGUAACGACGCUCAGAUGGACAACCUGUAUCCGUUCGUGCACUUGUUGCCAAACAACCAGCUCUACAUCUUCGCAAACAGAGACUCCUGCCUUUACGACUGGAAAACUAACAAGGUAGCCCGCGACUACCCCACCAUGCCAGGAGAGCCCCGCAACUAUCCCUCAGCCGGAAGCUCGGUAAUGCUUCCUUUGUCUGCCAGCAAUGACUUCGGCAACGCGGAGGUUCUCAUCUGCGGAGGAGCUCAAUACGGCGCGUAUCUGAACCCUGCAGGACAACCUGCAUCUCAAUCAUGCGGCCGCAUCACGCCACUCGCAGCAGGCGCCGGAUGGGUCAUGGAGAACAUGCCCCAGCGCCGCCUGAUGGGCGACAUGAUCCUUCUGCCCACCAGAGACGUCCUGAUCAUCAAUGGCGCUGGUGGUGGUGCUCAAGGGUGGGGCAACGCCGUAAACCCAGUAAAGACUCCAGUUUUGUACAAGCCCAACAACGCCGCCGGAGCUCGCUUCCAGACGCUAACAGCCUCCCCAGUCCCCCGCGUCUACCACUCCACCGCAAACCUGCUACCCGAUGGACGCAUCCUGGUCGCGGGAUCCAACACGCACCAAUUCUACACUCUAACAGGAUACUUACCCACCGAGCUCAGGAUCGAGGCCUUCAGUCCUCCGUAUCUAGCAUCGAACCGCCCUACCUUCACCGCAGCUCCAGGGGGGUUAAAACAUGGCGCAGGAUUCACCGCCACCGUGAAGGUGGAUAAUGCGAAACACAUCGAACUGAACAUGGCGAGCGCGCCGUUGGUGACGCAUUCUUUCGCGCAGGGGCAGCGAUUGCUGCAGCUGCAGGUCGGUGCGCCCAUCGCAGCCGGCGGAGGUAAAUUCAGGGUGGAUUCCAAGGCUCCCCCAACUUCAGCUGUUGCGCCCGCAGGCUACUACAUGCUCUUCCCCCUCGUCGACGGCAUCGUCGGCUCUGCUUCGUGGGUGCGCAUCGGCUGAUUCCACACACUUCACCGCUCCGAGAAUGCGGGGUGUUGGUGUCGGUGAUAUGUCGGCACGAGUCUUGUCGGUAGAGUAACAGUAUUUGAUAGUUUGCUGGUUUGUGGUCUGUUGUGAAGAAGUUUGGUUCUUCGUUGACCCUCUCCGAAGGUUAUUGUACAGAAAAUCUUCUCUUCCAUGCCUCAACAUUGAUAUUCUAUAUUGGCUUUUUAUUUGUGCAACUAAAUCUUCUUUAAAUUUGUUGUAUUUUUAAGUGGA